AUGUUUUCAAAAUUUAAGUCGAAGAAACCUCCAUUGUCAUUAAAUCUGGUAUCAAAUGCUAUUAAAUCUCAUGGAAAUAAAAACUUAUCACCAGAUGAUUCUGCUGUUAAUUAUAAAAAUUUUGAUAUUAGAUUAAUUAAUCAAUUGGGUAUUCCAAAAAAUUCAAUUGUUGCCGUUGCUUACGAUCCUGUUCAAUCUUUAUUAGCUAUUUCAACUAAAAAUAAUGAUGUUAGAGUUUAUGGUCAAUUAAAUGUUGAAGUUGUAUUUGAAUUUAAUUUAAAACAUCCAAUUACUUAUUUAAAAGUUGUUAAAGGUGUUUAUUUAGCUUGUGCUUCUCCUGGUUCUGGUUUAACUAUAUUAUCAUUAUAUUCCAAAAAAAUUAUUGGUACUUUUUCAUUUCCUGGUUCUGUUACUGCUGCUGAAGCUGAUCCUUCAUUGGAUUUUUUAAUUUUUGGUUUAGCAAAUGGUAGUAUAAUAUUUUAUGAUAUUGAUAGAUGUAAUUUAACACCAUUUAGAAUUGAUAAUUUACAAAAAAAAGUAAUGCCAAAGGAAAAAUUAUCAUCUGUUAUAUCUAUAGAAUGGCAUCCAAGGGAUAUUGGAACUUUAUUAAUUGGAUAUAAUCAAUGUGCAAUUGUUUAUUCAUUAGUUACAAAUGAAAUUAAAUCAGUUUUAGUUUAUCAAUUAUCAAAAGAUCAUAGAGCUUUUCAAUAUUCACAACAUAUAUUAAAUAAUGGUAAAAAGAAGGUGUUUGGUAAAUCAAAAGAUAUAAUUGUUGAUUUAAAAGAAGCUCAUUAUCAUCCAAAUGGUUUACAUGCUGUUACAAUUCAUGUUGAUAAUUCAAUUGUAUUUUGGGAUAUAGCAAGUGGAAGUAUAUUAGAAGCUAGGACUAUAUUUGAAACAGGUAUACAUAAACCUGGUCCAUCAUUAGAAAUUCCUGAGUUGUUUAAUCCAAUUGAAACCGUUAAAUGGGUUUGUGCUGAUGAUCCAGAAGACACUAAAUUGAUUAUAAGUGGUGGUGAUAUAAAUACAAAUUGUUUGCAUAUACUAGAUUUUGGUUAUACUUUAAAAUAUCUGAUAACUUCAUUACAGAAACAAGGUGAAUUUUAUGCAAACCCACAACAAGGACAAAGAAUUAUACCAAUAUCAUUUUAUUUAAAUAAGACCAAUGAAAUUGAAAGAAUUACAAGAAUAGUUCCAAUUACGGAAAAUGGGUCGCCAUAUUUUCACAAUGGUCAUGAUCCUACAUACUUGUUGUUAAUAUCUAAUCUUGGUCAAGUUUAUAUUGUAUCAUUCAACCAAGGAUCAUCAGAUAUUGGAUCAACAAUUUUACCAACUUCAUUAUCAUUUAUAAAUCCACCAUUAUCGGUAAUGGAGGUGCAACAAGUUUUCAGAAUGGAUUGGUAUAGUAUUAUGUCUCAUAGAGUAAGUCAAGGAGUAACAUCAAGAACUAAAACCUUAUUAUAUGGUGGUGCACCGGUUUCAUUAACUGGAGUUUCAAAAUCAAUAGGUCAUAAUGAUUCAGUUAGAAAUAUUUUAAUUACAGGUCAUGAAAAUGCUUUGAUUAGAUUUUCAGAUGUUACUAAAGGAGAACAACUGGAUAUUGAAAGUGUUGUACAAGUUAGUCUAAAAGAAACUCUAUAUGAUUAUGGAGACUUAAAAUCACUACGUGUUACAUUUGUAAGUUGCUCAUUUGAAAAUAGGGAAUUGUUAGUUGGAUUAGCAAAUGGUGAAGUUGUUAUUUGUAAAUUUGGUAAGAAUAAUGUUAGAAAUCAUGGAAUCCAUACUUCAAAAGACUAUUCAGAAUGUUUAAUUCAACAUGAAAAUGGUGAUGCAAAAUUAUUGGAUAUUUCAAGUAGAAUAUCGGGUUCAGUAACUUCAUCUUCAGCAUUUUUACCUGUUAAUUUAUUACAAUUAAAUGUACCAGAAGAAAUUUCAUUUAUGAAGAUGUCAAAUGUUGGAUUUGGUGCUAUUGGAUUUAAAUCUGGUAGAUUAAUCAUUUGUGAUAUUUCAAGAGGUCCAGCAAUUAUAUAUAAUCAAAAUAUUAAAGACAAUUUAGUUUCUAUUCAGAAUUCAUGUCAUAUUACAUGUAUGGAAUUUUCCAUUAUGGAGAAUGCCUAUGAUGGCUAUUCCUCUAUAUUAUUGUUUGUUGGAACUAAUGGUGGUGGUAAUUUCUUAGUUUUUAAAAUUCAACCAAUGGGUAAUGGUGGAUUCGAAGUUGUAUUUGUUGAAAAGACCACUCAUUUAAACCAUAGAUCUAGUGAUGAUAAUCAAGAAAAUAGUAAUAUUUCACAAAUUAUACCAAUAAAUGCUCUUGAUGGAUCUUUAGCGAUUGCAAAUAUGACAAAUUUUAAUAAAUUAAGUCAUGGUAUAAAAAUCCCUGGAUUUAUAUUAGUUUGUUCAAAUAAAGAUGUAAGAAUAUUAAGAACUUCAAAACAAAAGUUGGCUCAUAAAGUAAUUGAUGAUACAUGCAUAAAAAGUGCAAUUAUUAAUUAUCGUGAAAAAGGUAUAUUGUUGGCUAUACUUACGAAAACUGGGUUUAUAAAAUUUUGUUCAUUACCUACAUUAUCUGAUUUAUUUAAUAUUAAAAUACCUAAAGAGAUUUUUAAUAAAUUAACAAAUUCUUUUGAAUCAAAUUUAUCAAAUCAAAGUGACUUUUUGAGUAGUGGUGAAUUAUUUGUUAGAAAUUCAAAAACUGAAUCAAUUUAUUUAUCAAUUUAUGAAAAAGGUAAACGAGAAUCCAAGAAUGAUGAUAAUUUAACUGAUGCUUUAUUUAAUGAAAAUGCAAUUAUACCACCAAGGCCAAGUGCAUCAGCAUUAAGUUGGGCAAAAGGAGAUAUUAGUUAUGUUAGUUUACAAGAUUUAAGUUUAUUGAUUGCUGGACCAAAUAGAAAACCACCGAAGCAUAAAGAAUCAGAAAUUUCAUACAAUAUAAGUCCUGAGGCCAAUCCUCAGGUAAAUUAUGGUAGAAAAUCUCAAUCUCCAACAAAUAAUCUUGAAUCAUCAACGUCAUCACCUUAUAAACAGCCAGUUAGAAAAGCUCAAACUCAAACUUCAUUUGGUUCUAAAGGUUUCUUAAAUAGUUUAUCAAGUGGUUUACAAGGUAUGGAAGAAUCAGUACAUGAAGGUUUGAAUUCUAUUGGUCAAAGUGUAAAUGAAGGUUAUGAAAAUCAAAAGAAAGAUUUGUAUAAUUCAGCUAUUAAGAGUAAAUUUGGAUUUUGA